CUUUUGUAUAGCUCUGCGAGAGUCUCAACACAACAAGUGGUCUUAUCGAAGGCCUUAAGGAAAUCGCCGAUACACAUAUAUUUAAAGGUUUCAUUUUCUCGUGAUAUACUACCAUAUACUUGGUUUAAAACCUCGGUAUAUUUUCAUUUCUACUUGGAGAAGGGUCUAAAUGAACUUUUAAUUCUCUCUCGCACGGUGAAUUGAGAUCGCUUCUUGAUUUUUUCGAGAAUUCGUUUUUGGUGCUUUUGGAUCUGACAGGAAUAUAAUUUGUCCACAUUCUGGUAAUUGCCCAGUGUCACGUGUACAGAGACUAGUUGCAGCGGUCAAGCAAUUAGACUCUAGUGUGACUUGAAGUGCGUCUCAUAGGAUUAGCCUGGGAUUUGGACAUUUGCAAGAAUUAAUCGAAGUUCCCAAACCGAUUUUCUCGGGAUUGCAUAACUCGGUUAAUUUGUUGAUUUUAUUGUAUUUUCUUGGAUAUAAAUCCGUUUGUCCUUACUAUGUUAGAAAGAGUCAAAGAUCCGCCAACGAUGUUAGUUUUCGGAUUAUUUGAGGGGGACCGAGUGUCCCUUGAUGUUCCCAUCGGGGCGACCGUUGGGGAGGUCAAAAAGAUGUUUCAGACUAAACUUAAUAUUUAUAUAGACGAGAUGAAUCGAAAGGAUACAAAAGUGCUUGUUCUUCACUACAGUGGUGCGGAUUUGGAGGAAAGUUGGUGCUUCACUGAUCUCGGAAUCCCGGCUGGAGCUACAGUAAGAGUUCUCCUCAAGGAGGAAAUCAAACCAGCUCUCUACAUUUUCACUACUUACAACCAAGAAACCAUCGACAUCGUGGAUAAAAAUCUUAAUGUGCUUACCAUGCUUGUAGAAGAUCUGCGAACCGUCGCGGGAAAUAAAUCUGGCUUACCAGUUUCAAUUUUUCGCCUCGUGACGGAGGAAGGGAAAGAAUUGUAUGAUGGCCAUGUGCUUUACGAUUACGGAAUAGAUAAUGGCUCCACAAUUCGUCUGGAAAAUUGGGAUGGAUGGAACGAAUUCAUCAAUUUGUGCAUAAUGGGAUUCACUCCGCAAGUCCUAUCCCAAAUUACAACAGAUGAAGUGAUAGGUCGGUUUCAACAGAAAGUCGCAUUGUUUAUCGCAGCACAUUACGGAUGUGCAGAUCUUGCUCGCGUGUUAAUAAAACAAGGCAUUCGAGCAGAUGAACCUAUCGGAGUACACCCCCAUAAAUUGUGGUGCACCAGCCAGGCCCACAUCGAGACCAAGAAAGCGCCAAUCCAUGAAGCAACAGAGCAGGGCCAAUUAAUCGUGCUUAGGCUGAUCGUAAACCAUGACAUCACUUCCGUUAUGGCACGAGAUGGAAACGAUUUGUGCGCUCUUAAUAUUGCUUUGCGAAGAAGUAAGAAACCAUGCGCAUCUUUCCUUUUAACCAGGCAGUGGACAAAAGUUCCGAUUGGAAAGCUGGGAUCCGUAACUGUUCAAACGCUAAGAAGCAUAAGAUUAUGGUGUGAAGGCGCUAAAGAUAGAGCAUAUUCAAAAUUUGGUCCUAACAAAUCUUCACUGAAGAAAAUGAAAUUCUCCGGAGGUCCACUGGUGAGUCAUGGGGAACCAGUAGUGGAUGGCUUCACAAAGAGUCCGAUGACAGGAAAACCACGCGCAGAUACGAAAGACAAAGACAAGAAGAAAGCGCUGGAGACAUUUUAUGAAGUUUAUGGGCUGAAAAAAGAGGAUCCAGAGGUCUAUUUUAGGAACAUGGGAGCUCUAGAAAAUUUUAAAAGUCUUAAGCUAAGGAGAAAUACUAAAUGGGGCAAUGUAUUUGAUAAGUCGGACAUGGCCGCUUCUUUCACAAAAGGACUAUUUGGUCAUCCCGAACAAAGUGAGAGCGAUUCCUCAGAAAAAGAAAUGAAAGCUGUACCACGUGUUUCCAAAUCUUCUGCAUUGAAACAGGACACGACCCUGACAGAAAACACUGUCGAUACCUCAGUGAUGACAGGAAAACUUUUAAGGGGAGGGACACAGACCACAAUUCAUGAAUCUACAGGUACAGACAAUUUUAUUCCUCUUCCACAUGUAAAGGGAAGUAUUCCGGUGAUAUCUGAGAAUGCUCAAGAACCAGAAGUCAAAAUGAAGAAAAACGCUGCAAAGCCUGCCUUUUCUAGUAAGGGAUUACAUAAAGUAAAGUCAGAUAUGAAUGAUGGUCCUACAGCAGAAGAUCACGUGUCAAAGUUUCCCAAUGAAGAACGCUUGAAGCAGACGACAAAGUUGCCGCCAAUAGUUUUGAACCGCAAUAGAAAAGUUAGUGAAAAUGCUGUAGACGACUCCGACAGAGAAUCCUCCAGCGACAAUAAAGAGAAGACGAAAGACUCUAAACAGAAAUUCUUCCAAACCCCAAAAAUGCACACUUCUUUACCGAAUCUCAAUUCUCUAGAGAAAACAAAAACUUCGCUAGACGAGCCACCAUCUUCACCCACAGAAACGAACAAAACUUUCAAAAGCGACAGAAAGAAUCGUAAACGCAAACGCAUUACGUCAGCGGCUCUGAUCACACAGGCGAAGGCGGCUGAAGGGGCGGUACCUCUACCUAUGAUCAGUCAUGAAAACCAGACUCGGCCGUUCUUCUAUCACAAUGGUAUGCGGGAGGAGGAUGUGGUGAACCCAAUGAUGGACUUGGUCACCAGACACCAGGGGUCCACGGCGAGAGAUCGUGCCAUUAAAUCACUGACUAUCGCCAACAGUUUUAAGGAAAAGCCCUGGUUAACUCAGGUCCGCAUGGCGUUGUCCCUAACUUCACAGUCAAUCAAACGACCUCUCAAAGGAACAAGUCUUCGAAGAAAAUUGCUAAAACAGGCGCAGUUUGACUAACAUUGUUUGAUCAUAAUGUAAUGGGAUUUUUUGUUGUUAAAAUUUAAUCAGCAAAGCUUUUCUGAGAAAUAACCUACAACAGGCAUUCAAAAUGCGAGUCUAUUAUGAUACAUGUACAAUAAACACUCAUUAUCGUGGAUCGAUAUUACUAUUAACACAAAUUAAACACGCAUCAUGUAGAUACUAGUAAAUGUUUACUGUACCAAUCAUUUAGUGCCAAAUGAAUUACUCAUUAAAUAUGAUAUUUCAUCA